CCAAAGUUGUCUAGUGGUUUGCUGCUGCAUAAUAGGGAAAAACAUUGAAAAUAUUGGAAAAAGUCGAGAGUUUUUUAGGUUUCAUUAAGGCUCAAGUAAAAUAAAUACAUCCAGAAAGCUUAGAAUGCUAAUUUCCUUUGAAAAAUUCUGUAAAUUUGGCCUAGAAAUGUAAAGUAUUUACCAGUUGCUGGGGAAGUUGUUUUUUAGCAACGAAACGAAUUCAUCGGUCACAGAUUUUUUCCUGGCGAAAGACUGCAAGAUGUGGUUUUAUUUUCUGGCACACUGUGCUUAUCAUUUUACGAGAUGGUUUCCUAAGGGCAAUCGAAAGGCUGUGAGGAUUGUGGUGAUACUUUUUUCAUUGCUGUUCUUGGUCCCACAAAUCUAUGUUUGUUUACUAAAACGCAGUUCAGAAGUUUGUGAGCAGCCGUUGCUUAACAUCAGUGUUGCUUGUAUUGUCUUCACAUUUGCAAUGAUUGCAUUCUCUUUCCUGUUCACCAUGAUGGAGCCAGUGCCAUGGCAACUGAAAAUUGCCUUUCACUUCUUUGGUUUUGGCUCUUUGUUGAUGGGUCUUGUCCUGUUUGCCUCCAUAAUGGACACCACCAACUGUCAAAGCUUUGUUCCUGAACUAUACUUCCUCUGUUUAUCAUUUGGAAUCUUUGCCAUUUUAUCUACUGUGUUCAUCAUCUUGAUGUUACCAUUCUGGCUCAUAAACUAUCUCUGGCCUGAUUCUGUCCUCAACAGACGUGAGCGACGAGGAAUCUGUUAUGAACCUGUAAAGUGUUGUACAUGUUUAUGGCAUAUUUAACACAGCAUAUAAUAUACACGUAAUAAUCAACUUUGUAAAUAUAAUUUAUGUGCUUAGUUCCAGAAAUUAUCAUGACUUCAUUGAUGCUCUCACUUAUGAAAAAAUGUAAGCCCUCUGGGUCACUGUUCUGGCGACCCUGCCACAUAAGGCAUACCUCUGUCAGUAAAUAAGAUGCAUUGACAGGGUUUUGGCAUUGUGUGUCAAAACUUGUCAAAUAAUGCGCAUAUGUCCAUCGCACACGACUUCGCCAAGUUUGUUUAGCAGUUGCCUUUUGAAUGAACAGCAACGAGUUAUCAUUGAAGGGCAAUGUAUUACUGAACUUUUCAAGAAUAGAGGUUGGGGUGCCACAAGGCCAAGAACUUGGACCCUUGCUGUUUUUCACGUGGCAGCAGCCAUGUUAGGUGGCAGGAACAAUACAAUCGAUUUACAUAAAAAAAUUUCAGAUCCCAAAGUUAAAGGGAUUUUAUUGUUCUGCCCUCUAACCAAUGGCAGCCCAAGCUGUAUUAUGGGCGUGGCCACGUGAUGGUGCAAGAGUCCUAUUUGGAUAUGAAAAAUGACGGGUUUCUCUAAAAGAUAAUCUUGAUUUGUUUGUGAAACUCUUGCCAGAUUUUGAGUUAAGACCAAUAUAUUUUAAGAAAAACUGAAA